AUGUCUACAACGCUUGAGCUUGCUUCUCGUGAACAAGAUCAGACACGGAGUUCGAGCCAGCAGUCAUUGGCCCUAGACACAGACGAUGCAGCAGUUCGAGUGAAGCAGAAGUGGAAUGACCCCCACAUCAACAAAUGGCGUCUGUUAGCCACCUUCAUCAGUUUCGCGUUGGUGGGAGCCAGCGAUGGAGUCUACGGUGCACUGGUCCCAUAUGUAUGCCUGGGAUAA